AUGAAAAAUCUUGUUGUCUUGUUGUUGGCAGUGCUUGUGGCUGGAGCUGCUCUUCUCGUUUACGGAGAGGAACAACUCUCAUUCCAUCAAAAGAAUCCUUGUUACGUGAGAAAGGAAAGCGCUAUUCGUAAUAAUAUCAAGACUGCACAACCUCACACCUAUUUGAAGCCAGAAGAUCUUCCAGCUGCUUGGGACUGGAGAAAUAUUGCUGGAGUGAAUUACUUGUCGGUCGGAAGAAAUCAACACAUUCCAAUUUAUUGUGGUAGCUGUUGGGCUCACGGCUCUACAAGCGCUCUUGCCGAUAGAAUCAACAUUGCCAGAAAGAAUCAAUUCCCUCGUGCAUUGCUGUCUGUGCAACAUGUUAUUGCUUGUGGUGAUGCUGGAUCAUGUGAGGGUGGAGAUGAUAUUCCUGUCUAUCAAUAUGCUCAUGAUCAUGGUAUUCCUGAUGAAUCAUGCAAUAACUACAAGGCUGUCGAUCAAGAUUGUUCAGCAUUUGCAGAAUGUGGUACUUGCAAUUCCACUGGAUGCUUCCCAAUUAAAAAUUAUCAGAGAUGGAGAGUCAGUGAGUAUGGCAGUAUUGACGGAGAACAUGAAAUGAUGAGCGAAAUUUAUGCCAGAGGUCCAAUCUCAUGUGGUAUUGAUGCUACCAGUGCUUUGGAGGCUUAUAAGGGAGGUAUCUUUGAGGAAUUCAAAGUAUUCCCAAUGAUUAAUCACAUCAUUUCUGUGGUAGGAUGGGGCGAAGAGGGUGGAAAGAAAUAUUGGAUUGUCAGAAAUUCAUGGGGUACUGAAUGGGGAGAAGGCGGCUUCUUCCGUAUUAUCAGAGGAACUACCAGAUUCUAUAACUUGGCCAUUGAAACCCAAUGUGGUUUUGCUGUUCCAAUCGUUUAA